AUGCCCGAGCCUCCACCAGAUGCCAACGCUCGCUACCGUAUCAAAGGAGGGGGGGUGCAAAUAGAGAAUGAAGCCACGUUCGCUGAGAUGAUGGAAUUCUGUCUCAAAAUCCCCGUGUUCGCAAAGCUGAGGGAACGCACCCAGCACACGCGUGUGCGGCGGUUCAUGGACCGCUACAACCCCAAGACCGUGAAGACGGCGCCGGCUGGUGCGGCUCUCCGAGAAAGCGCACAGGCUACGGUUGCUGAGCGCACUGCGGUAGACAGUGAAGCCAAGACCAGCGAACCAGGCGAAGAAUCAACUUCAGAGCCCGCCGACCAAUCAGGACCCGCCGACCAAGGACCCGCCGAAGGACCCGCCGACCAAUCAGCUCACGAAUCCCGUGGCGAUUCAGUUGAAGAGUCCGGUUCCGAAUCAGAUGAGGUCUCGGUCAGUUCCCAGUCAAGUGCCAUGGGGGCAGGACCAACAGGAACAUCGGCGCCUCAAGCGACUGGAUCAGGCGCUGCUGGAUACGCAUUCAGGCGCCGUCAGGACCCUCGCGUACCAGUCUCCGUUCCUGUGGAAGUGGGUGGUGACAUGAGGCCCGUCACCAUUUCCGUGCCUUUGUUUGCGGAAGACUUAACAAGCAUCAGGGCAGGGAAUAUGGUGACGGGCGCCGUUGUAGACUACUGUGUCUCCCGUUUCGCCAAGAGAACCGAAGGACUCGUGUUACCGGUUCUAGCUGCCCUUUUCUCAGAGAUCGUGUUUGCCUACGAGCGCCGGACAGAGAGGGUGCGUGGCGUGACGGAAAUCACGGGUGAUAUGACUUGGGAAACCUUCCGUUUACUUGUUGUCGAGCGUUCUCCAACAGGUGAAAUGGUUUUCUACCACGUGAACUCUGUCGCCGGUGUGCACGAGCCGGGCUACCUGUUUGCGGAGCUCAAGUGGUUUUUCCAGGCACGACACUCUGGUGCGGCGGGGACGUUCAAGAACAGCUCAAUUGCGUAUUGCUACAUCGAGAACCACCAGCCGCGAACGCUCAUGGACGUGAUGCGACUGCUAACGAUUGGCCCGUUCAACAGUUCAAGCGCAGAGAAGGCGAGGGAGUCACUGCUGAGCCAAGUAACCGGAAAUGCUUAG